CUACGCCCGUGUAAUAAGACUGAUAAAGCUUAAAAGUCUUACAUCACAGAGGGACUUUAUUUCUAACAGCCCCUGGCCCAACGGCAGGCCACGCACUUGCUGCAGCACUAGUCCCGCGAGAGAGGAGAUCCGAUGGGCGUUGAGAGUGGAUGGAUGACCCCGCUGCUCCCCUCCCAACCAGCCCCAGCUGUCAGCUCCCUUCCUGACUAACCCCACCCUGCCCCCGGUACCAUGGCGUCCAGCGAGGAGGACGGCACGGUUGAGGAGAAGGAAAACAACAACAAGAAGAGAACGAAGAGCACCCUCGCUACCGCAUGGCUCACUUUCUACAACAUCGCCAUGACCGCCGGGUGGCUGGUUUUGGCCAUUGCAAUGAUGCGCUUCUACAUCCAAAAAGGCACACACAAGGGUCUGUACAGAAGUAUAGCAAGGACACUCAAGUUCUUCCAGACCUUUGCAUUAGUUGAGGUGGGACAUUGUGCCAUCGGAAUCGUGAGGACUUCCGUGAUUGUGACCGGGGUUCAAGUGUGUUCACGGAUUUUCAUGGUUUGGUUCAUCACCAACAGCAUCAGACAGAUCCAGCAUGAAGAAAGCGUAAUCCUUUUCCUGGUUGUGUGGACGUUGACAGAGAUUUCCAGAUAUUCCUACUACACUUUCAAACUGCUCAACCACCUGCCGUACUUCAUCAAAUGGGCCAGAUACAACCUCUUCAUCAUCUUGUACCCCCUGGGAGUCGUUGGAGAACUGAUGACCAUUUAUUCUGCUCUACCAUUUGUACGCAGAUCUGGAAUGUACUCCAUGAGGCUUCCCAACAAGUAUAACGUGUCGUUUGACUACUACUACUGCCUCAUCAUCGUCAUGCUGUCCUACAUCCCACUGUUUCCUCAGCUGUACUUCCACAUGCUGCGGCAGAGGAGAAGGGUGCUUCACGGGGAGGUCAUAGUGGAGAAGGACGACUAGACAAGCACCACCUUAUGCCCUUGUUUGAGCCAGCCUGCCUCCACAUCACCCUCACCUCCCCCCGCUUCAUCCUCCGUCUAAUCUUUAGCACCACCGUCUGUUACAUUCUUCAUUGCAAAGGACCGGAAAGUGCUGCACAGAUGACGACCUGUCUGACGAAAGCAACAACCAGUGAUAAUGACGAAGAAAUGACAAAACAACGGGAGUUCAUCUGUACUGAGCAGUACUAACUGAUCCUAAGUAUUUCGUUACGUGAUUAAUUCCUAUCUGAAUGGUAAUACUGAAAACAUUGCCUGAGACAGAAGCCCGGCCUUGUGUGUCCGCGCAGAGAGAUCCUGAGUCCCGCCAGCCCUACAGCAUCUUGUUGCACUGAAGCAUCGCAGCCUGAAACAUGCACUGAUUGCGAAAAAUAUGAGCCAUUACACUGCACCGUGAAGGAGAGAGAGGCAAAUGAGAGGCCUCCAAGGAAAUGUGAAAUGAAACAUGGGAAGAAGAUUGUAACUUGUGUCCCUUGAAUUGUCCAAGCGUCACCCCCCAAACUUACACAAUUGGCAGUUGUUGGUUUUUUUUAUUAGGUGUGUUUCACCACACGUUUCAUACAAACAUAGUGCGGCUGUACAAGAAAAGGUUUCAAAAGAGAAAAUAUGCAUAGUUAUAUCAUACCUCAACAAUAAAUCUACAUUUAGACAAUA